UCUCCCUUACAUAUCAUACUGAAAGCUAAAGAAAAAAGUGUUGUGGAGAUUACAGGAGGACACUACAAAUGUGUACUUUUGUGAAAUGUAUUGAACAAAAUAGAUUUUGAUUGGAAUUAUUUACAUUUCAAACCAAAAUUAGAUUGCUGCAGCUAUUAAAGAAGAGGAAAUGGAUUCAAAAUCUGUGGAAGAUCUUUCUUGUCCCGUGUGCUGUGAAAUCUUCAAGGAUCCUGUUCUUCUGUCCUGUAGUCACAGUAUUUGUAAAGAGUGUCUUCAACAGUUCUGGAAGACCAAGGAAACUCAGGAGUGUCCUGUCUGCAGGAGAAGAUCAUCAAAAGAGAAGCCUCCAUGUAAUCUAGCGUUAAAAAACUUAUGUGAUUCACUGAUAAAGGAACAAAAUAAGAGACGCUCAUCAGGAUCUGAGGAGAUCUGCAGUUUACACAGUGAGAAACUCACACUCUUCUGUCUGGAGGAUGAACAGUCUGUGUGUUUAGUGUGCAGAGACUCAGAGAAACACGUCAAUCACACAUUCAGACCCAUCAGUGAAGUGGCUUUAUCUAAUAAGGAGGAACUGAAUACAGCACUGAUAUCCUUACAAAACAAGCUCAAACAUGCAGAAGAAAUUAAAGCAAAGUGUGAUAAAACAGUCCAACACAUGAAGUCUCAAGCUGAGCACACAGAGCGUCAGAUUAAAGAGGAGUUUGAGAAGCUUCAUCAGUUUCUCAGAGAUGAAGAAGAAGCUACAAUCACAGCACUGAGAGAGGAAGAGGAGCAGAAGAACCGGAUGAUGAAGGAUAAGCUGGAGGAGAUGAACAGACACAUCUCAGCUCUUUCACACACAAUCAAAGACACUGAGGAGAUGAUGAAAGCCAAUGACGUCUGCUUUCUGAAGAACUUUAACAUCAUGAUGGGAAGAGUCCAGAUCUCACAGCCGGAUCCACAGAUGAGUUCUGGAGCUUUGAUUCAUGUGUCACAUUACUUGAGUAACCUGCUGUUCAGAGUCUGGAAGAAGAUGCAGGAAACUGUCCAACACACUCCAUUGACUCUAAAUCCAAACACAGCACACCCUUGCCUCACACUCUCAACUGAUCUGACCAGUGUGUCAAACAGUGAUGUAUAUCAAGGUGUUCCUGAUAAUCCAGAGAUGUUUGAGAAGUAUCCAUGUGUUCUGGGUUCUGAGGGCUUUAACUCAGGAACACACUGCUGGGAUGUGGAGGUUGGAGACAAUACAUCCUGGAUUGUUGGAAUAACCACAGCAUCAAACCAAAGGAAGGGAGCUGUUUUCUUUAACACUAAUGUCUGGCAUGUGCAGUACAUGAACAGCGAAUACAGCUCAAAAUCCCCAACUCAACAGUUGACUCGCUUGACUGUUAAAGGGAAGCUGCAGCGUGUGAGAGUUCAUCUGGACUAUGACAGAGGAAAGGUGUCGUUCUCUGAUCCUCUAACUAACAUCUGUUUGUGUACAUUCACAACAGCCUUCACAGAAACUGUCUUUCCAUUCUUAUAUAAUCACUGCACAACUUUCCCUCUGAGGAUCUUACCAGUUAAACUGAUUGUAACAACAGAAAAUCACAAUUAAACCUCAUUCUGCUUUUAGAUAAAUUCAGUAAAAGUACAAGAAUUUACUGUGUUUAUUGUUUUACAAAUGAUGAUCCAACAGCAACACUGCAAUCAAAGGAAAACGGGUCUCAUUUAUCAAUCACACCUUAAUUAUAUACAAUGAAAAAUAGUAUAGUACAGUAUCGUAUGUCAUUUAAAAAUAUAAUAAAUUCAAUAACUAACUAUACAAUAAAUACAGUAAUUAAAUGUAUGUUUAUAUAGACAUUUACAAAGAUAUGUAAGUCAUGUAA